AUGGCUUCCAUAUCUGCUCCUACCCCAAGCCCUCACAAGCUUCACUUCUCCAACCCCAGACCAUACCCUUCCUCCGUUGGGAAAAGACCAUUUUACCCUUCUUCUUCCCCUUCCUCCCAAACCCGCUUCAGGUUUCCCGAUUCGGCCCUCUGCCGAUGCCAGAACCCCUCUUCUUCCUCCUCCUCCGAGUCAAUUCAGUGGAGAUGGGACUCUGCGCUCCAGGGCCUCAUCCAAAAUGCCAUCGAACGCUUCGAUUCCUACUUCAAUUUUAAACCCCAAGGAGAUUCCCAAAACGCACCGUUUGAGAGCGGUAACAGGGACGAACCUGAUUGGGACUGGGAUCGCUGGCGCCAGCAUUUCCUUGAGGUCGAAGAACAAGAGCGCCUUCUCUCUCUUCUCAAGUCACAGUUGGGUCGUGCUGUGUAUACAGAGGACUUUGAGGAUGCUGCUAGGCUCAAGGUUGCAAUUGCCGCUGCAGCUACAAACGACGUCGUUGGCAGAGUCAUUUUUCAUCUCAAUGUGCGCAGAGCUGUACAGGAAGAGCGAUACCAGGACGCUGCAUUUUUUCGAGAUAAUGCUGGUGCUGGAUUGGUGGGUUGGUGGGCUGGCCUUUCAAAAGAUAAGAAGGAUCCUCAUGGUUUAAUUAUACGAGUAACUGCAGAGCAUGGAAGAUAUGUCGCAAGGAGUUACAGUCCCCGGUAA